AUGGCAGCCCAAACGCCGGCUUUACCACAAGUUGUGAGUCGUGUUGUAGAGCUGCAAAAUAUGCUUUCGGACGAAGACUUGGUCGACGAGCAGGCCUAUCAAGAGGUUCUGGAAGAUACCCGUGAGGAGUGUUCACAGUUUGGUAAACUUAUUUCGGUGGUGAUUCCGAAAAAGGGUGAAACAGGGGAAGGGAAGAUUUUUUUGGAAUACGAGACAACGAACGAUGCUGCUCAAGCGAUCCAAGCGCUCGAAGGUCGAACGUUCGAUGGGCGCAGAGUCCAAGCGACAUCAUGCGCGGAAGCGAAAUUCGUCGCCAUGGACUAUGCAUAA